AUGUUUGCGCAAUCAGUUCGUCAAAUUACACCAGCCAGUAUGGCUUUGCGGUCUAUGCGCGUCCCGAUCGCUCGACGCGCCUUCACAUCAACACCAGCGACAUUCAACACACCCUCACCAGAAAAGCCAAGUGCCUACAAGGAGGGAUAUCGUGCCUUUGCCAGUCCCUUUGCCAAGGUCUUCCUCGGCGGCGUUUUCGUCUACCAGGUCCUCUACUGGACCUGGUUGAAGCUGGAGAUGGAUGAGACCAAGGUGGCCAAGAAUGAACAAGUGUCCGUGCUAGAGAAAGAGGCACGGGAGUUGACCCAAACCCAAUCCAAGAAAUGA